CCCAUCUCCCCUCAGCCAAACACAGAUCAAGGAGUGGCUGUGUUCACAAAGGGAUAGCACGACAUUCAGUUGAAAACCCACUCUGAAGCAAUGGUCUAGCUAGCUGGAGUUGCUCACACUAAAGCUUUGAUUUAAGAUGGCCCUGGUCUGUUUGUCAGACUUUGAGGCAUAUGCUAAGAAGCAUCUCCCCAAAGAUGCCUGGGAUUUUGUUGCCGCUGGCGCUGAUGAAUGUAGUACCCUGGAAGAAAAUCUCAAGGCAUUUAAAAGGAUUCGUUUUCGCCCACGCGUUCUUCGCGACAUGUCUGCAAUGGAUACAAGGACCACCAUCCUCGGCACUGAAAUCAGCUUUCCUGUGGGAAUCGCUCCCACCGGCUUCCAUAUGUUGGCUUGGCCAGAUGGAGAGCUGAGCACAGCUAGAGCGGCAGAAGCUAUGAAUACAUGCUACAUUGCCAGCUCCUACUCCUCUUGCUCUGUGGAUGAGAUUGCUGCUGCUGCGCCGGCUGCCCUCCGAUGGUUCCAGCUCUACAUCCACCGGGACAGAACCGCCUCGGAGCAACUGGUGCGAAGGGCAGAAGCAGCCGGUUUCCGGGCCCUGGUGCUCACGGCUGACGUGCCCUACACGGGCAAGAGGCGCAACGACAUCCGCAACGACUUCCGGUUCUUGUCUGUCGUUAAGCUAAAGAACUUUGAAGGCACCUUCGAGGGUAAAGACCGUUCAGAGUAUGGGGUGCCUCCUGGCAGCAUGGACCCCUCUGUCACUUGGGAUGACAUCUUCUGGCUACGGAGUGUGACACACCUACCUCUCAUCGUCAAGGGAAUUCUGACAAAGGAAGAUGCAGAGCUGGCCAUGAGCCAUGGCGUUCAAGGGAUUAUUGUGUCCAACCAUGGAGGAAGACAGCUGGAUGGGGCACCUACAAGUAUUGAUGCGCUAGUUGAAAUUGUAGCCACAGUCCAAGACAAAAUAGACGUUUAUUUGGAUGGCGGGAUACGAACAGGAAGUGAUGUAUUGAAAGCGCUGGCGCUCGGGGCAAAAUGCGUCUUCAUCGGAAGGCCUGCUAUAUGGGGUCUGGCCUAUAAGGGCGAAGAAGGACUUCGGAAAGUUUUGGAGAUUUUAAAGGAGGAAUUUCGUUUGUCGAUGGCUCUUGCUGGCUGUAGAAAUGUCUCAGAGAUUGGCCGCCACGUUGUUCAAUAUUCCAAGUUGUGAAGAACCCUCCUGCCCUGUUCAUCAGUUCCAGUAAGUGACUACGGCCCUGGACAAGCAUGGUCAGAGCAACUGGAAAGAACGAAUCAGCUGCAUGUCAGAAACACACGCACCCCCCUCCCCCAAUUAAUCUCUGGCAAUGUUACAGCCCCCCCCCCCGAUAUGUUUGUGGGAAGUACAGGAGGAGGCAGUCCUUCAAAUACCAUCUAUUGGGCCUAGAGGGAAAUAAGGGGCCAAUGCAGUUUAUGCAGUGAUGGGGCUGUUUGGUCACAUGACAAGGGGUGGAAGCAUCUGGCAAUUUCCCUCCUCUCUGUUUCUCAUUUUUUCCAAUCUUAAAUUCAGUUUUACACAUUUCUGCAGCAAUCUGCAAUUAAAAAAAAAAACACCACCCAUGACAAUUCAACAGCAUUUAAUGUCAAUUCCUCUGAAUAAACACACUUUUGUUUGAGGUUCUGACCAAUGUAUGCAUUUUGCAAGCAGUUUCCCCUGAGGUGAUAGAUUAAUUUUACUAUUAUUUUCAUUUGUAGGCACACUUUCCUUCCACAAUCAGAAUAUAUUAGCUAGCCAAUUUACUUCCAAUUUAGCCUGAUUUUUACCUGGCAUAUUGUAUUAAAUUUAUUCUCUUUGGUAUGGUUUUCUUUUCCAUUUUAUUAUUAUACUUACUAGUGUAUUUCAGCCCGUUCAAUAACGGGCGCUAGAACAUCCUGGGGUUCGGAGAAGCGCUUGCGCAGUGCUUCUCCGAACCCUGGGACCUGUCCUUGCUGUCGGCGGCAGGGGGACAGGAACGGAUUCUCCUCCUUCCUUCCUCUCCCCCAGCCGCCGACAGGAAGGACGCGGGACACAAACGCCUACCUCGCCACCGCUGCUUCACGGCCUCCCGCUGCUCCUCUCACGGGCCAGGGAGGGUUAUGAGGAGGAGGCCUCCGCCGGCCUCCACCCUCGCUUCCCUGACGUGCCCUGCAGUGAGGCAGUGUCCGGCCGGGAGUGGCAGUUGGAGGAGGCGGGGGGAGAGUGCGCGCGUGCAGUGUCUGCUGUCCAAUCCCUGUGUCCCUGGGGCACAUGCGCAGUAACCCAGGGACACACGGGAAAACUGGACGCAGAGACACAGGGACUUUAUUAUAUAGGAUUUUAAGGGUUUUAUUUUGAGGUCUAUAUUUUGGAAUGAAAGACCUGCAAUGGUGUUGCUGUUCUCAUUUGUGCGCAUAUUGCAAAAUCCAAUAAAAAAAUACUUCAGAAGAGAAAGCAAACAAGUUUUCUUCAGCUAUGAAAUGCAGUUGUUCUCCGAGUUCCUAGGUUUCACAAAGGUUUUUUUGGGGGGGGGGCUGCCAGAGAAAUAAGCCAGCUAAUUGAUCUUGGAGCAGAUCUAUAUUGAUUGUUUAAACAUUAUUAAAUAAAAUGUUUUAUAACGUUUAAGGGCAGUUUCCCAUUGGCAGUGGCUCACUGCUCUGCAGCGCCCUCUGGUGUCACAUUUCAAUAACACUUUUUAAACGUUAUACAGGUGAAACUCAGAAAAUUAGAAUAUCGUCAAAAAGUGCAUUUAUUUCAGUAAUGCAACUUACAAGGUGAAACCAAUAUAUGAGAUAGAUGCAUGACAUGCAAAGCAAGAUAUGCCAAGCCUUUAUUUGUUGUAAUUGUAAUUAUUUGUCGUUGGUGGGUCAGUUAUAAAUGGAAUGUAAUUAAUGAAAUGUAAUAGCGAUGUUUAUUUUUGUAUUAUUGUAACUAUUUGUUUUAUUACUGUGGAAUUUCCAAAAGAAAGCAUUUGUAAAGAAGAAGAAGAAGAAGAAGAAGAAGAAGAAGAAGAAGAAGAAGAAGAAGAAGAAGAAGAAGAAGAAGAAAUUGCAUUACUGAAAUAAAUGCACUUUUCGAUGAUAUUCUAAUUUUUCGAGUUUCACCUGUAAACCACAAGUGUAGAUCCACCCUUGGACUUUGCUAAGGCAGUUGGAAGCAAGCCCUGCUUUCCCCAGCAAUUUGUGUAUAGCCUGAACCAAAGGAGUACAGGGUGUGCUCGCCUUGUUAAAAGUAAUUCUGUGGUUCAUGUCAGGUCCCCUUCCAUCUGGGCUGCAAGAGUAAGUGGGAGGGUUGGUGACUGCAAAUAGUAGAGAGUAGGGCCCACUGGCAUCACUGCAGGGCUGUUGUGUUGCAGUUGGACAAGGAAGGGUGUGAGUGUUGGGAGAUUCCAUUCCACCUUUUAUUGCAGACAUGGGAUUGUUGCGUGUCCCAUGUCUGUUUACAUUCCAGCACAGAUUGCUGGGCCCCAUAAACGGAACUUCCGCUCUGUGUAUUGCUUUUGUUUUGAGUCUCUCUCUGAGAAGACGGCAAGGAGAGAUGACAUGUUUCUUUGUUCUGAUUUAUG